GUGUGAUGGGAAGAGUUAAUACGAGAUGAAUAAAGGCGAUGAGGAGGAGAGUAGUAAAUACCCUUUAGUGAGUAUUUUAAGUAUGAGUGGAGGAGAUGGACACAAGAUGAGUGUGUACCUAACCAGUUCAAGUCCUCUAAGUGAACACAAGGCUUACUUGAAUCAAUUCCAGACAGAUUUUAAGACGUUUCUAAGAAUGCGUUCUGAAGAAAUGGUAUCUAGUGGACACAUGGUUCUCACAUUAAUCGGCAGAAAGACUCUUGAUGAUCCAUUGCAUAGGGAUUGCUGUCACUGGUUGACAUUGUUAUCCGAUUCUCUUUGUGACCUAGUCUUCGAGGCUCUUGUGAGUGCAUCAAAGUAUAUAGAGGAUGAGGGUUCAUUCAUGGUAAACGACUUGGAGACACACAUAUUUGAUCUCGGUCUAAGCAACGAAGAAUAUGGCUUGCAAUCAGAUAGAGCAAAAGCAGGGGGAAAAGAAGCUAUUUGCAUCAGAGCAGUGACUGAAACAAUGCUUGUAGCUCACUUUGGAGAUGCCAUUAAUAUCGAUACAUUAUAUUGUUUGAAAAAUAUACAUGAUAGCUGCAAGAACAAAACGUCUAUCAGUCUAGUCGUUUCACUGAUUCGGAAAUAA